AUUCUUAAAUAAUUACGCCAAUCUUCAGGUUCAUGACGUAAUUCCCGAAGCAAAUUCACAUGAGAGAAUCUGCCCCUUUUUAGCGACCAUUUUCUAGACCACCGUGAGCGACGAACAACUUUCUUUCUUUUCAAUUUCACGAGAGACAAUGAAAUAAUCGAUACAAGUAAUACUUCAUCCAUGGUAUCUAUGAAACUGAGCAGAAAACGGUAGCUAAAACGUAAAUAGUGUGGACAUGGGAUUUUGGUCAGUUUUAUCUGACCAUCUUAACUGAUGAAACAAAACGUACGAUAAGACGUUACGUGUAGCCCGGGCUUUAUACAUACAACCUCUCAUACGUCAGUCUGUGCACGUAGUGAGGUUACCUUAACUUUAGCAGGUGAAAGAUUUAUCGCGGGAAAAGCAACUGAAACCCUGAGCGGAAGGAUGCGAAAUAUGUCUGUUAGAUGAGGCUUCAACUUUAAUUUAGUAGUCAAAACGACAGAUUCUGAACUAUUAGUGAGGAAAAAGUAUUCAGUGAUUCGCCUUAUGUUGUAAUCCGUGCACAGAACUUGGUAGUUCGGAGAAAAUUCGAUCAGAUUACUGCAGAUUUCAUGUUUGUUUCGGCGUCCCACCGUGAUUGCGAACACAUAUAAAAAUGAGUGAAGUGGAUAAAGGUAUAGAACUGAAUCAUUCCCCAGUGUUGUUCUUGGAUGAAAGGAAUAAUCCGUUGACAUUUAUUAUAAAACCGUGUGCAGAUAAAGAAGCAAUAAGAGAAAUGAUUGAGUUUGGUGGUGGUGAAGUUGUUUCAAUUCCUGGCGACUAUGGUAUUACAUUGAUCCCAGAAGAUGUUGCUCUUAUUGGUAAUGAUGAAGUCUUUUCAAUUCAGUAUAUCAAAGAAUGUUGUACCAGGAACAAACUUCUGAACUUGAAUUCAUACAGACUGAAUACAGAGUCUAGGUAUUCAGAUGGUUUUGAGGUUAUGGAUGUUUUGCUUAAAUAUACAUCUUGGUCUGAUGCUCUGAAAGGCAUCCCAUAUGAAAGAAGCUUUUAUUUAUUACUAAGUAGUUCUCCUUCAGACAGCAGCUUUGAGGAUGAUCUUGGCAAUUUAGAGCUAGCUCCUGGUCCAUCCAGCAGCCAUGCGGUUGGGCCUCACUUACAGACGUAAGACAGCUAUUCUUGAAAUUACUUGCUUUCU